CUCCAGUGUCGCGAGUUGCCGCCGCGGCCGCCCCCUCCCCCCUCCCGGUUCCGCGCUCUCGGCGCCCCUCGGCCGGGCCCGUCCCCAGCCCUCCCUGCGCCCCCUCCUUCCCUCCCUCGGGGUCCCCUCCCUCCCUUGCCGGUGGGACUGACCGCCUCCGCCUCAGCCCUUUUCCUUCCCCGCCGAGUGGCAUCGGCGGCGGCGGGAGCAGCAGUAGCAGCAGCAGGGACACGAGCCGAAGCCGGGAGGCGGCGGCGGCGGUGACCGGGGAGCCCAUGGCGUACAGUCAGGGAGGCGGCAAGAAGAAAGUCUGCUACUACUACGACGGUGAUAUUGGAAAUUAUUACUAUGGACAAGGUCAUCCUAUGAAACCUCAUAGAAUCCGCAUGACUCACAACUUGCUGCUAAAUUAUGGCCUAUAUAGAAAAAUGGAAAUAUAUAGACCCCAUAAAGCCACUGCUGAAGAAAUGACAAAAUACCACAGUGAUGAAUACAUCAAAUUUCUACGUUCAAUAAGACCAGAUAACAUGUCUGAGUAUAGUAAGCAGAUGCAGAGAUUUAAUGUUGGAGAGGAUUGUCCAGUGUUUGAUGGACUCUUUGAGUUUUGUCAGCUUUCAACUGGUGGCUCAGUUGCUGGUGCUGUGAAGUUAAACCGACAGCAAACUGAUAUGGCUGUGAACUGGGCUGGAGGGUUACAUCAUGCUAAGAAGUCAGAGGCAUCAGGAUUCUGUUAUGUUAAUGACAUAGUCCUUGCCAUCCUUGAGUUACUCAAGUAUCAUCAGAGAGUCUUGUACAUUGAUAUUGAUAUCCAUCAUGGUGAUGGUGUUGAAGAAGCAUUUUAUACAACAGAUCGUGUGAUGACUGUAUCAUUCCAUAAGUAUGGGGAGUACUUUCCUGGUACUGGAGACUUGAGGGACAUCGGUGCUGGAAAAGGCAAAUACUAUGCUGUCAAUUUUCCAAUGAGAGAUGGAAUAGAUGAUGAGUCAUACGGACAGAUAUUCAAGCCUAUUAUCUCUAAAGUGAUGGAGAUGUAUCAGCCGAGUGCUGUGGUGCUGCAAUGUGGUGCGGACUCACUGUCUGGCGACAGACUUGGCUGCUUCAACCUGACUGUGAAAGGUCAUGCUAAGUGUGUAGAAGUUGUAAAAACUUUUAAUUUGCCCUUACUGAUGCUUGGUGGAGGUGGGUACACAAUCCGUAACGUUGCUCGAUGUUGGACGUACGAGACUGCAGUUGCGCUUGAUUGUGAGAUUCCCAAUGAGUUGCCAUAUAAUGAUUACUUUGAGUAUUUUGGACCAGACUUCAAACUGCAUAUUAGUCCUUCAAAUAUGACGAACCAGAACACUCCAGAAUACAUGGAAAAGAUAAAACAGCGUUUAUUUGAAAAUUUACGUAUGUUACCACAUGCACCUGGUGUUCAAAUGCAAGCUAUUCCAGAAGACGCUGUUCAUGAAGACAGUGGAGAUGAGGAUGGGGAAGAUCCAGACAAGAGAAUUUCUAUUCGAGCAUCAGACAAGCGAAUAGCUUGUGAUGAGGAAUUCUCAGAUUCUGAAGAUGAAGGAGAAGGAGGUCGUAGAAAUGUGGCUGACCAUAAGAAAGGGGCAAAGAAAGCCAGAAUUGAAGAGGACAAGAAGGAAACUGAGGACAAAAAAGCAGAUGUUAAAGAAGAAGAUAAGUCCAAGGACAAUAGUGGUGAAAAAACAGAUACCAAAGGAGCCAAAUCAGAACAGCUCAGCAACCCUUGAAUUUGAGAGUCUCAGCCAAUUUCAGAAACAACCAUAAAGUGAGAAAAAAAGUGUUUUCUUUUUUGAAGACUUCUGGCUUCAUUUUAUACGACUUUGGCAUGGACUGUAUUUAUUUUCAAAAUGGCUUUUUGUUUUUGUUUUUCUUGGCAAGUUUUAUUGUGAGUUUUCUAAUUAUGAAGCAAAAAUUUCUUUUCUCCACCAUGCUUUAUGUGAUAGUAUUUAAAAAAAAAUUGAUGUGAAUUAUUAUGUCAAACUGAUCUAUUAAAGAAGUAAUUGGCCUUUCUGAGCUGAUUUUUUUCCAUCUUUUGUAAUUAUCUUUAUUAAAAAAUUGUACUUGG